AUGAUGCACAUCAUCUUCUGCGUUCUUCUUCUCCCAGCUACUUGGGGCAAAACUUACAACUUCGAUGGUUUUGUCAUUACAACUCCUUUGAAAUUCAACUACGUUGCUCCAUUCUCGUGUAACUAUCAGAGCUGUGAUGACGAAGGGUCUUAUUACGUACCUGCCGCUUUGGAGUUGGCGAUUCAGAAGCUCAACAACGACAGCUCCGUUGAAUACUUCCAAGAUCUGAGAAUACGUUACGUUGACAGUUCAAAUCGGCGAAGUGCUGAAGUUGCGGAUAAGCUGUUGUAUGAAGAGGACAUAACAGGAGUUAUGGGCUUGUCACAAGAUUGUUUCUUGGAGGCGACCAUUCUCUCUAUUUCUGAUAAACUUUCAACAAUCGAUGCCUGUAACGUUGAUCCCGUAAACUUUAAAGGAAUAGACAGGCGAUUUGUCUCCUUCACACCCACACCUAUUUCAAUCGCCAAGGGAAUUACUCGUUUCAUUGAAGAGCAAGGGUGGUCUAACGUUGGUGUAGUUGCGAGAUCAACCAUAACUGAUCAGUUCUAUUCGAACGUACGAGCAAGUAUGAUUGAGAACAUGAGUAACAGAGGAAUAAACGUUGUAUUGGAUUCGCGAGUCUCUUCAGCAGACAGGGAUACACUGAGAGCUCAAGUCAAAACUGAUAUGGAGAAAGCAAGAAUUUUCGUCAUCUACGAUCCGUCAGCGAAAGCAUCUCUGUUCCGUCUCUACUACCAACUGAUGAUUGAAACCAAAUUAAUGGAAGAAGGAGAUUAUUUUGUGAUCGCAUUCUUGCCUUACGGAAACAACCAAGGAUGGCUCAACUCCCCCACAAGCACUAUCUAUGACACUAAAUUUGGAACAGAUGAUGAUUGGUUUUUGAAUGAAUCCGAAUCGUAUCUAAAGAAUAUUUACAAGAACUUGGUGAUCUUAUCAGAUGCCCCAGUUCCUACUUAUGCGAGUGAGGAUUGGCAGAAAUUUCAACAACAGGUCAAGAAAAUGACGAAAGAAGAUGACAUGUGUGAGCCUCUUUGUCCAGCAAACAACACUGACAACUCUAUAAUUCCGAAAGAAGCAUGGCAGCGAGUCCAGAGAGCGUACGACUCAUUGAUGUUGUACGCUGUCGCAGGCGAAAACGCCUUAUCCCUUGCUGCAAAUAUCAAUGAUGAUUCUACAUACUUUGCAUAUAUGUUAAAUCGACAAUAUCAAAGUAUAUCCGGAUAUGAAGAGUUGAUAGAUGGUGAUGGAGAUCUCAUCGGAGCGCUACAGCUUUACUAUUUCUUCGAGAAAAACAGUGAUUACAACCUCUGGUCGACAGGAAGAAUCCGACAAACAUCCCUUUUACUCUCAGACUGGUGGAUAGAAUACUAUGAUGAUCCACUAGAAAUAGAUUGGAUAACAACGAAGCCAUUGGAUGUACCAGAAUGUGGUUUUAAUGGGGAGAAGUGUAUGUCCGAGGCGGACAAAAUUUUAAUCUUCAUCCUAUGUGGUGCUAUCGUUGCGGGGCUCAUUUUGAUGGCUGCGGCAGCUUUACUCUUCAGGAGGUACCGUUUUGAAAGACGGUUACAUUCGUUGGCCUUCUUGAUUGAACGAAAAGAUAUUACCUUGAAGAAGCAUAUCAACCUAUUGAGCAAUAGCACAAAGCAAAUGGCAAGCGUAUAUGGAAGUGUCUAUGCUUCUCAAGCAGCUAUGAAUAACAGCCAUUUCAUACUACAAGAUUAUGAACAGCCACCCGAAAGAGAUAACGAUUCCAUGUUAUCCGUGUUAGCUUCUGGACCUCUGAAGCCUGGUCAAGAUCCAGAAUCUGCUCGCUGGAAUAACGUGACUGACUUCUCCAUUGGUAUAUGGCAAGGAGCCCAAGUGGGAUUGAAACGAAUUUACAAAAACGACGUAGAUUUUUCAAGGGAUUUACGAAUGGAGAUUAUCGCUCUUCAAGAAUCUCCUCAUGAGAAUCUGUUAGGCUUUCUUGGAAUGGUAGUUCAUUCACCUGAUGUUUUCGUUGUGAAUGAGUUGGCAACACGAGGAUCUAUCAAAGAUAUUUUGGACAAUGAUGAGCUGCCAUUGGAUGAUCUGUUCCUCAAUCAGAUGGCUCGUGAUAUCGUAGCUGGUUUGGAAUUCCUGCAUUCGUCACCGAUAGGAUGUCAUGGGCGUCUGAAAUCAACAAAUUGCCUCAUCGACUCUCGUUGGAUGGUUCGCUUAUCCUCCUUUGGUCUUCGGCAAUUGCGUGGUGAUGAAGCUCCACUAAUUGAAAAUGAUGUACAGGAAGGAAGAGAAGAUCUUUGGACUUCUCCUGAGCUUCUGCGUUGGUCAACAGGUCUGGGUCAAUGUUCAGCAGUUAUUGUCCAGAAGGCUGACAUAUAUUCCUUAGCAAUACUUCUGUAUGAAAUUUUCGGACGAGUAGGUCCGUGGGGUGAUGAACCGAUGGAGCCUAGAGACAUUGUAAGACGAGUUAAGAACAUGAAUGUGGAUAAGAAACCAUUCAGACCAAACUUAGCUGUAUUGAAGGAUGUGCCACAUGAGGUUCAGGUUACGGUGGCUGCAGCAUGGGCUGAAGAACCGGAAUUACGUCCAUCUAUAUCGCAAAUCAGAAAGAAAUUGCGUGUUUUAACAGUUGGAUUGAAAAAGACCAUAAUGGAUAACAUGGUAUCUAUGAUAGAGAAGUAUACAUCAAAGCUUGAAAAGGAUAUCACUGAACGUAAUAAGGAGUUAGCUAAGGAGAAAGCAAAGUCAGAGCAAUUGCUCAAGAUGAUGUUGCCACCUAUUGUUGCUGAUAGCUUGAAGCAAGGUAAUCAAGUAUCUGCUGAAUCGUUUGAUUGUGUCACCGUCUUCUUCUCUGAUUGCGUGGGAUUCGUGAAGAUGAGUGCAAGCAGUAAGCCGAUCGAAAUUGUUCAAUUUUUGAAUGACUUAUACACUUGUUUUGAUUCAAUCAUCAACAAGUAUGAUGUCUACAAGGUUGAAACGAUUGCUGAUGCUUACAUGGUUGUCUCUGGAUUGCCUAUCCCUAAUGGACCCCAUCAUGCUGGAGAAAUAGCCAGUCUUGGAUUGGCUCUAUUGAGCGCUAUUAAAACUUUCAAAAUUCAUCAUCGACCAGAUGAGAAAGUUAAUCUGAGAAUUGGAAUGCAUUCAGGUCCAUGUGUAGCUGGUGUUGUUGGAUUGAAGAUGCCUCGUUAUUGCUUGUUUGGAGAUACUGUCAACACAGCAAGUAGAAUGGAAAGCAAUGGAAUUCCUUUAAAGAUCAAUUGUUCGGCUUCGUCUCACGAGAUAUUGGUUCGAUUAGGUGGUUAUACGACAGAGGAGAGAGGAAUGGUUGAAAUGAAGGGUAAAAGCCUUCAAAUGACGUACUUUGUGACUGGAGAAGACAUAAACAAGCGAAGAGAACGUAUAUCUCGUGAAAAGGUCAAAUAUCGUACAUUAAGAAACACUGUCGGUGGUGAAGAACGAGUCAUUCAACUUGAAUAA